AUGGUCAAAACACAUCCUGAUUGGAAUGGAAUAUCAACUAAAUUGAGACAGGCAUUUGAAAAUUUCCGUAGCAUCUAUAACGAUGAUGUCGCCAAAUUGGCUAAUCAUUUAAUGCGAAAAAAAGGCAGCACUCCAUCUAACCGUGAUAUUGAAGAAUUUAUUGCCGGUACCGUGUGGGAGAAGCCUCUUAAGAAACAUAUUGAUGUACUCGAUUAUGAUGUUUUUAAAAAUCAACAAUUAGGAGUAAAAGCAUUAGAGACUUUCGUUGCUAGAAGCCUCAAGAUACACAUGGAAUAUUUGAUAGCAGAAUCUAAAGGAGAAGACUCUGAUUACAUUUCUAUGGUCUUAAAUCGUAUUAAAGGAUUAGACGAUAUUACAAUUAACAUUACAUUUCCAGCAGCAAGUUGUUUUCAAUACGCUAAUCGAUUGAAACUUAAGGAAGAACAGGAAAG